GGGCGGAGGCGGGUCGGCACUGCGCUCUGGGGAACAAUAGGAGCAAAAGCCGUAGGGAACAGUGAGUGAGGCGGCCGUUUGGGUGAGAGCCGGUGGUCCAAAGGGCCCGGUGCCUGGGCCAUGUUCUGCGAGAAGGCCAUGGAGCUGGUCCGGGAGCUGCACCGCGCGGCCGACGGAAGGCUGCCUGCUUUCAACGAAGAUGGACUGAGGCAAGUUCUGGAGGAGAUGAAAGCUUUAUAUGAGCAAAACCAAUCUGAUGUGAAUGAAGCAAAGUCAAGUGGACGAGGUGACCUGAUACCAACCAUCAAGUUUCGACACUGUUCUUUGCUGAGAAAUCGGCGUUGCGCUGUAGCCUACCUGUAUGACCGGCUGCUUCGGAUUAGAGCACUCAGGUGGGAAUAUGGCAGUGUCUUGCCAAGUGCUUUACGAUUUCACAUGUCUGCUGAAGAAAUGGACUGGUUCAAUCGUUAUAAAAAGUCCCUUGCUACCUACAUGAGGUCAUUGGGAGGAGACGAAGGUUUGGACAUCACACAGGAUAUGAAACCUCCAAAAAGCCUAUAUAUAGAAGUGCGGUGUCUAAAAGACUACGGAGAAUUUGAAGUUGAGGAUGGUAUUUCAGUGCUAUUAAAAAAAAAUAGCCAGCACUUUUUACCUCGUUGGAAGUGCGAGCAGCUGAUUAGACAAGGAAUUCUGGAGCACGUGCUGUCAUGACCCCUGGGCGGAUGGCUGCUAAGACUCCCUCCUGGUGUGAGACUGCACCCAACCAAGGUCACUUCUCCACCUCCCCAAGGCCCACUGCUUUUUGGUUCUAAAAUUGAGACAUUCUUUAACCAGGAAUGCUUGGCGGAGGAGUAUGGUUUGUUUUUUUCUUUCAUUUGGUCGUUAGUUUCUCUUUUAUUUCAUUUCUGAAUGUAAUUCCAUUACCUUGCAUGGUAAACAUAUUUGUGAAUCUAUGUUGUAUGUUUGUACUUUGAAGUAUUGGUUCUCAAAAGAGAAUUUGCACUCUGGCCGUACAGAGACUCCACAGACAUCCACCCUGCUGUCCACAGCUCUAGAGCGAUGUCUACGAUCAGGAUUCUAGCAGAUGCUGUGCCUAAAGAGAAUGCUUCCCGGCUCGUAUACUGCCAUCUUCUCAUUCUGUCUUCACAACAUGCGAGAGGUUUGAUUUUCUAUUGUCCAGGAUUCUACCCUGUGUGUAGUAAGUUGUAUCUGUAAUCAUAACAUUUCUACAAUUCCCAAAAUACUGUCGUGUGUUUUAGCUUCAUGAAAGUAAACAUUCGUUACAUGUUCAUCUCUUAAACAUUGAGGGAGAGUUUCGCCUGGAUGUACAGGGAGGUCUUAUGUCCCUGGGCCUCUUGUAUUGUUGCUGGAAGUGUGCCUGUGCAAGCCAGGGAGCUGGGUUUCUGAAGUUUGUGUUUCCAAAUCACAGGGGCAGGUGGAGCCGGUGGUCUUCAGAGCACACAAUGGAUUUUGCCCAUUUCCAGCAGUGGUGGCUGGUCUUGCUCGUGCUUGUCUGUGAGCUUGUGUCGCAGGAUAUCCAUUUUGGAAAGGGAAGUUGAGAUUGGGGCUAGGAAAGGAAUUUUGUGCAAUUUCCCCCCAAGAGUCAUGUUGACCAGGAAGUCACAUGAAGAGCUGAUCGGCUAAGUGGAGGGUAAUUUCUACUGCCCAAUAAAAUGAUAGGCGGAGAGGCACCACGUGGUCCUACCUGUUGGUCAGUGGCCUUUCUCCACCAGUCCCCUCCAUGAACAGCCCAGUAAUCUCAGAGACAUUCAAGUUUAAAAUACAGAUAAACCCAGUACCUGGCACUCUCUGCAGUAUAUUUCUUAAACGGGAAUAUUUCUGGCCAAAAUUCUACUCAAGUAGUCAAACUAUGAGAGCCUCUACCUAAGGUGUGGAUCUGCAUAUUUUCACAACACAUGUAUUAAUACUUAGUCACCAAGUGGCCCUUGGCAGAUUCUUUUCCAGGCUGUGCGGUUCAUAGGAUCUGUUUCCCGACCAGAGACUGAACCUGUGCCCUGGGCAUUGAAAGCACAGAACUCUAAAAUAAUUCCUUCCAUAGAUUCAUAGCCAGAUCGGAUUUUCAUCUGAAUCUCUGCCAAUAAACAAUAAGGAAAGUUUCCCUAGUGAGUGGGGUGGAUGAUGUGUUAACUGUAGCUCAGUGGUCACUGCCCUGCAUCCUGUUCUUCCAAGCAUGUGGAGCCACGUGCAGGUGAGCCCAGAGGCCGUGUGAGUCAGCUGUGAGGAGGAGCCUGCGGCAGAGGCCGCGGCCCUGUUGCCAGCCCAGCAUCAUUUCUGUAUAUAAACCAUAGAUGUACUUUUCUGAUUCAUUCCCAAAAUAAAAUAAUUAUGUUUCUUACUUGAAGUAAAUGUAUACUGGUUGAACAAUUAAAGUGUUGUAGGUUUUAUUGAUUUAUGUUGAUUUGGUUCUAUAGAGUUGUAGCUAGAAUUUUAAAAUGCAUGUUUUUUUAUUUAAGGGUAAUAUAAGUGCACAAUUAAAAAGAUAAAACAUACAAUGUAGAAAAUGAAAGUAAGUUCCUAUUUUACCUACUGAAUGCCGCCAUCCAGUGUGCCCAGUGUUUUAUUCCUCAUGUGAAUGAAUCUUUUCUGUUAUAUUUUCUAACAGGUUUUGGAUGAUAAAUAUUAAAAAGCAGUAAAUUAUGA